AUGAAGAUCAGCGACUUACCAAGCGAUAAUACGAUCAUGUGGAUCACGCCGUCGCCCUUGGUGAUGACCACAGAGGACAGAAUGAUGAUCGAGCGACUCGAGAGCUGCGGCAAGCGAUUCAUCUACGUGCACCCAGAAGACGUCAACCUGGUCAACUACAACCGAUGUCUAUUCAUACUCAUGUCGGCCGCACAGUGGUCCUAUCAGCUAGCCGUACACAACAUGCUGCCCUUGGACGACAUCAAGGUGCCACUCAUUCUACUGCUGAGCCAGGUCACGCCGGUGGGCCUGCCACCCACCUGCCUCAAGGACCGAGAGCUGAUCACACACAGCCAGCUUGCCAACAACUACUACUUGGCCGCUGACACGCGUCGUUGUAUGGGCAAUAAUGCUCGACAGACUGACACAAGCACAGGCCCAAUCUACUUUUAUCACCAAGACCAGCCAUACUACCAGUUCACCAACUUCUUCCAAGCGCCAUUCGAACUCGAUGGAUUGACGUGGCGCACGGCUGAGCACUACUUCCAGGCACAAAAGUUCGUUCCACAUCACAAUCUGGUUCAGUACGUCAAUGAACUAAGGACGCCACGCGAAGCAUUCGAGUUCUCGCGUAAUCCCAAGGUCAAGGAUUCGCUGCGACACGACUGGCGAGACAUCAAAGACGGCAUAAUGUACAAGGCAGUACAGGCCAAGUUCAAUCAGAGUCCAGAGCUCAUGGAGUUGCUGAUCAAUACAGGAAAGCGCGACCUGGUCGAGCACACCAGGAACGACAACUACUGGGGCGAUGGAGGCGAUGGAACCGGGCAGAACCGGCUUGGACUAAUUCUCAUGAAAGUCAGAUCAGAGUUGCAAGACAGGUACUGGCAUUCAUCAUCAUCCACCAGCGUGCCAGCACUAUAG